AUGCCACUUUCUACGUCUGUCACGAGCGCUUCAUCGUUCACAUUCGGCCAGAAACCUCUGAUUGCACCAACGACUGCGACCGCUUCGCUAAACACGGGCUUUCAAGGUUUCGGUGCGCCGUCAACCAUUAUAACCUCAGCAAACACUACCAAGACAACCAGUUCUGCUCCAUUCCAGUUUAGUGCUUCGCCAACUGUACCAAAUAGUACUGGAUUCAAUUUCUCUUCUUCCUUGGGAUCUACUGUCAACACUGCUUCCGUACCGUCAUUCGGUAACACAGCAGGAUUUAAUUUCGGACAAGCCCCAAGCUUUAGCACAGCUAGUCCCGGCACCACAAACCCGUUCGCAUUCGGGACCACACCACCGCCUGCUCCAGGUGCGGCUAAUGCGGUUGCAGUACCUCGGCGAAGACCAGCUUCUGCCCGGCGUACUCGUCGUAUGUAA